AUGGGCAAAGACAUCGCAUCCGGAGCUCCAGUCUUCGCCAUCGACAUCACGGAGGAAGCCAUGCCGAAGGCCGAGGCCGCUGUGAGCAGCCAGGGCGGGUCUCUCGAGUGGGGUGCUGUCCGCAACUUCGGGCCCAACAUGUCCCCGCCCGAGGCCGGCAUGGCGGCCGCGGCCAACGGCGUGCUGCACUGGCUCGACGUGCACCGCUUCUGCCCCACCUGCGGCUCCUCGGACCUCCAGGUCAAACGUUCGGGAUGGAUGCUGCAGUGCGGCGCGGACGGGUGCCGGUACCGGGCGUUCCCGCGCAUUGACCCUGCGGCGAUCGUCCUCUCGGUGUCGACCUGCGGGGACUGGUGCCUGCUGGGACGCAAGGCCGCGUGGGCCGAAGGGAGGUACAGCUGCUUGGCCGGGUUCGCGGAGGUGGGGGAGUCGAUCGAGGCGGCGGCGGUGCGGGAGGUGGAGGAGGAGUCUGGGAUUGUACUGGACCUUGACUCAGUGUGGUUCGAGGGCACGCAGCCGUGGCCGAUGCCGCAGAGCCUCAUGGUCGGGUUCGGAGCGAGGGUGGCGCCGGGCCGCGACGUCACGAAGUACUGCGAGGAGUCCACCGAGGACCGCGUGGUCGCGGGCGAGGUCGGUCUGACGGAGGCGGAGCGUUUGCCGUACCUGCAGCCCCUGCCGCCGCCGUGCAAGGUCGACGAGGACGAGCUGGAGGACGCGCGCUGGUUCCACCGCGACUACAUGGAGGCUCGCAUCGUGCACGAUCCACCGACGAUGCCGGGGCCGUUCUUCAUCCCCGGCAGGCACUCCCUGGCGUUCGAGCUCAUUACGCGCUGGCUGCGGCGGGCCGACCGGCAGCCCUGGGCCGGCGACGCGCUGCGCACGGCCUCGCUCGGCGAAGGCGUACAGAAGUACGUGCUCAUGCGGGCGUCGGAGGCCGGCGCGGGAACAGGUCCUGACGGCCAGCAGAGGAGCAAGCUCAUUGUAUGGGGUCACCCCGCUGCCGCCUACCACAUGAACGUGUUGGAGAGGUGCAAGGCCGAGGCGAGGAAGCUCGGGCUGAACGUGGAGCCGCUGGGCGGCGGGCGCAUCGAGCACUUCGAGUCCUCCGGCGUGAUCCACGUGUACGGGUACAGCCAGGCGUUCGGCCCAGCGCCGCACCACGUGUCCGCCGCGAUCCUUCGACGCAUGUUCCCGUUCUACGACCCGGACAGCAUCACAGUCUCCUACGAGGGAUACUGA